AUGAACUUUGAGGACGUGGCCAUCGCCUUCUCUGAGGAGGAGUGGGAGAUCCUUGAUGAGGCUCAGAGGCUUCUGUACUGCAAGAUGAUGGUAGAAGUUUUUGCCCUGGUCUCAUCUGUAGGGCUGCGUUCAACCAGUAGGGAGGUUGGGGGAGACUUCCCAGCCAUCUCAGAGCUUCUCCAGCACCAGGCCCCUCUCAACACUGAGGAGCCACACAGUGGCAGUGAGAUUUCAGAGGAAUUUCUCAAUAGAAAAAGGCAUCAGCAAUGGGAUGAAUGUGACAAAGCUGCCAGCCACAACCAGAACCUUGUUCAACAUCAGGGCGUCAGCUUUGGAGAAGUGAAGUAUGAGCAUAAUACAUGUGAGAAAGUUUUCAGAUAUACCUUUAACCUCAAUAGACCUAGGAGAGUUCACACUGGAGAAAAGUCCUAUUGGUGUACUGACUGUGGGAAGCUAUUCAAUCAAAGGUCUUCCCUCACUAACCACCACAGAGUUCACACUGGAGAAAAACCAUAUAAGUGUAGCGAAUGUGGGAAAUCUUUUAAGCAGAAGAGUUAUCGCCUUAUCCACCACAGAGUUCACACUGGAGAAAAACCAUAUAAGUGUAGCGAAUGUGGGAAAUCUUUUAAGCAGAAGAGUCAUAUCCUUAUCCACCACAGAGUUCACACUGGAGAAAAACCAUAUAAGUGUAGUGAAUGUGGGAAAUCUUUUAGGCAAAACCAUCACCUCCUCAUCCACCAGAGAGUUCACACUGGAGAAAAACCAUAUCAGUGUAGUGACUGUGGAAAGUGCUUCAGUGACAAAUCUAGCCUCAUUAAACACUACAGAAUUCACACUGGAGAAAAACCUUAUGAGUGCAGUGAAUGUGGGAAGUCCUUUCAUCAAAGUUCUCACCUCACUAAACACCACAGAGUCCACACUGGAGAAAAACCAUAUACGUGUAGUGAAUGUGGGAAAUCUUUUAAACAGAAGAGUUAUCUCCUUAUCCACCACAGAGUUCACACUGGAGAAAAACCUUACAAAUGUAGUGAAUGUGGGAAAUCUUUUAGGCAAAACCAUCACCUCCUCAUCCACCAGAGAGUUCACACUGGAGAGAAACUGUAUGAGUGUAGUGAAGGUGGGAAGUCCUUCAGCACAAGCUCUACUCUCAUUCGACACCUCAGAGUUCACACUGGAAAAGGGCCUUAUGAGUGUAUUGAAUGCAGGACAUCUUUUUGCUACAAAUAUUUCCUUGUUCAACACUUGAGAGAACACACUGGAGAAAAGCUUUAA